AUGUCACGCCUAUGCGCAUGCCACAUGUUCUGUCUCAAUUCCCGCUCCCAUUCACCUCAAUUGGGUGCCGAAUAUAACGUUGACCUGCAUUUCAAGGGGCUCGGAGGCAGUCAAUUUGAUACUGCCUCUCUCUCUCUAUCGUUGGUCGGGGGCGCUGUCGUCUACUCCCUCACCCUCUACACCCUCACCCUCUAUCGUCUAACCAUCUGUAGCAUUGGUCAGGGGUGUUUCUCUAUUCCCUCUGUCUGUUACGACUGGGACGUGGUUCUUCUCUCGGAUGAGAGAUCAAAGGUUUCUGGCUAA